CCCCUUAAAAGACUGAUUGCAACAAUUCUCCACCUUAAAGCAUGGCCUGAAGGGCAUGGCCAGCAGAGAAAAUGGUUACAGGUAAAUGUUAACCAUGGAUAAAAUAACGCUAUUGAGCUUGUGUAUGGGUAUCUGUAGAGUCAAUUUCAUUGUGCGUAUUCCAUCAAAUUGUUGGUUUUUCAAGCAAAAUCGUUGCUUAUCAAGAAUAUUGUUUUACGUGGUAACGCUACUAGCAAGUUCAGCGUAACCAUAACAUCAACAGAAAUGAAAAAUAAGCAAUACAAAAACUGUAAACAUACAGCACAACUCUUUGCAGGUUUCUUUUCACUGUCAUUGUGCUUCUUACUUUGUCAAUAUUGUUUGAAAUGGCAUUGCAAAGAUCGUUGCUUCAUCAAUGGCAAUGGUAUUAGUGACUUUGAGUUAGUCAGAAAUACCCAUACAGAGGCUCACUAUUCUUUGUAAAAACCUGACUUGGGACAUAGCAGGGAAUUUAACUUUUGGGCUAGUAUUAAAACACCCAAGUUUUCUUUUUCCCCAGGGAAAGAAGUUUGUUGAAAGCCCUGUGUAGCAUGUACAUUUGAAUAGUAAGGCAAAGUACUUCAGAACAAGAUAAACACAACUCGGUUCAGAUUUUCUUGAUGGUCCCAUCUUUAAUUGUUUCAAAGGGGCACAGAACCAAAAUAUGUAACUUAAAAUGAAGCCAAAUCAAGGAAAUAGAAAAAGCUACAACUUUACUGCAGACAGAGCUGUUGCAUUUUGUUAAAAUGUACUGUCAUAAUAGGUGCCAUUUGCCAUGGUCAUUUUCGCUGGAAGUAUGACACAAACCUGACUCUGUUUGAUGUAUUAAAAAUGUACUUAUCCAGUUCCAUUAUCCCCUUAAAUGGUUGCUUUAUUAGGGUCCUAAAUAAUUUUGUUGCCCGUGGGUAAUACUAUACCCCUGUGUUAAAAGGUUGUGCUUUCAUAAAUGUGCAGGUUCAGAUCACGUUUGUUGUAUCUUUACUAAAAGGCAUCCAGGCAGAUGUCUUCUAUCCGCUUGUUUUAUGUGUCAAGCGGAGAUAGCAACAACUGGAAAUAUGUCUGUUUUUGCAGGCUAAACAAACGGUAAACUUUACCAAGAUAAUCACAUGA